AUGAGCAACAAGGCGGGAACUUCUCAACCAUCUCGAAAAUCCCAUCAGAAGAAACGAAAUAAUCCCAUAGCUCCUCGUGUAUCUUCAAAUGGCAACAAACUCUCUAUUAAGGACGGUGAGGAUGAAGAAAAAGAAGAUCGCAAUGAUGUAAUGGAAGCAGGUGGUGUCGACGGCGAUGGAUUAGACUUGGAGACUGAAAGAGACGAAUCCUUAAUUACUCCAGUUACUUCCUGGCAGACUAACUCGGUUGCCUCGUCACAACUUCAGAAAAAUCAACUUCAACAGCAUUCUCGGGCUAAUGUAAGAAGGCGAGCGAAUGCAAACUCAUGUGAGACUAGCAGCAACACGCCAAGCAGUCUCGAUGAUGAGCCUGAAGAUGAAGAAGAUCAUGAUGAUGAAGAGGACGAAGAAACAUCUACUUCCUACUCACACACUGGAGAUAUAAACCGUUCACGGCAGCCCGCACAGGCAGUCGGGAUUGCAACCGGGGCAUCCCCAGUCGUCUUGCCAGUUAGGAAAAAGAAAAGUCAACUUGUCGCAACCGCGGCUUCUGGGAUCCGGAGCGCCGGCAGCAUGGCAUCCACUCCAUCAAGUUCACCAUCUUCCGGCUUCUCGCGUCAUGACGGCCUAGUCGGUUCAGGACGCACAUUGAAGCAAUCAACUUCAUCCUCUGCUUCCUCUACUUCGUCUGACCAAUUCCACCAAAUUUCCGGUCCUCGUCAUCGUCCUACGAACUCUGCUAUUACUAAGUCGCCUUCGCCACCUCCGGUAUCUUCCGCAACUCAUUCGAUAAUCAGUGUCUCAUCCGCCUGUCCUGCCUUUUCAUCAGCCAAUCCCCUCGGACUCGGCAAGCCAGCCAGUCCUGCACCCUCAGAUGGUUCCAACAGUCAUGAGCCCUGGAGGCAGCAAAAUAGCCGUGCUCGGGGACAGCAUCGUACACUGGCCCUAGUCCCUAGUAAUGGCCCAGGGCAGAGGAGCGGACGUUUUCUUGCUGCUUCAGGCUCCUAUUACUACCAUGGCCAGUCUCAGCCUCUUUACCAUCAACACCCCCACCAUCAGCAGCCUCACAAGGUUGGUGGUCCAGCAAGCGGUCAAGUUGUUUCCAGUUCUUCUUCGUGUUCCGCCUCGUCGACUUCGCCGCCACAGCCAGGCUGGUCGACAUCUGGACGCUAUUCAACUGGCGGGCCAGUUUAUUCUGGAUCUGGUUCAUUCUCUUCAUCGCGUGGCAGCCAAGUUGGACCAUUGGCUUCCAUUGUGGCUGGCUCGGUCGGUCCUGGAAGUUAUCAUCAUCAUCAGCAGCAGCAGCCACAUAAUGUUCACCAUCACAAUCUUCAUGGCCACAGCUAUCACAAUUUUCAGCAUCAACUCCACCAUCACAAUCACGCUUCACACCACCAACGGGGCUCUCUCGGUGGUGGGUCUGUUGGUGGUUAUCAGCAGCGUAACAGCUUAUCACGAUACUUAACUUACCACUCAUCUAAGCUUACGACUUGUCAGAACUCCGGGUCUAUUCUCUCGGGAUCACGUAUCCCAUGCAGCGAAAUGGACUCUCGAAGGGAUAGUGCAGGAAGCAAUGAGUGCAACGAACUUCGCUCUUUAUCCUCACCGCAACCAAGUGCAGCUGAAAUUGGAUCCAAUUCAGCUUACGAGUCAUCUCUUGCCUGGAACAAAAGCGUUAGUUUCAUUUUUACUAUCAAUUAUAUAUAUAUAUAUAUAAUUUUAUUACGACAACUAAUAACAUGGUUCAAGAAUUUUGCACGUCUUUUGGCAGCUUGA